CGCCGCAGCCAGUCAGCCGGGCACAGCAGCAGCGCCAGCGCGAGGCGAAAACCCAACACGCGCACGCGCUGCGCCGCUGCCUCUCCCCCUCCGCUGCUUCCUCCUCGUUGCGGCGAGCCGAAUCCAUUCCCACCGCGCCGCCGGUACCGACCCAGAGCUCGGGUACGCCGAGGCGAGGGCCGCCGCCGCGAGCAUUUCGCCCGCUUAGCGAGGCCGUUCCGUACGAGGGGGCAAGAUGUUCGCGAGCAGGCCAGUGGUGCAUCCGAUGGAGGUCGCGGCUCCGGCGCCGGCGCCGGCGAACCCGGCGCAGCAGCCGCCGGGUGUGCUGAUGAAGGACCUGCCCGGGAUGCCGGGGACGCCCAGCGGGCUCGGCCUCCGCGUCACGCAGCUCCUCUUCGCCGCCGUGUCGCUCGCCGUCAUGUCGUCCACCAGCGACUUCGCAUCCGUCUCCGCCUUCUGCUACCUUAUUGCAGCAGCUAUUUUGCAAUGUGUUUGGAGCCUGUCAGUAGCCAUUGUGGACAUAUAUGCACUGCUUGUUAAACGUUGUUUAAGAAACCGUCGGCUUGUUACUCUCUUUGCCAUUGGAGAUACGAUCACAUGCGGAGUAACAUUCUCUGGAGCAUGCGCUGCGGCAGGAAUCACCGUCUUGAUCGACAACGAUCUGAACAUAUGCUCGGAGAACCACUGUUCUAGUUUCAUGACUGCAGUAGCAAUGGCAUUCAUGUGUUCGUUUUCUCUCUCACCGUCCUUUGUGCUGAACUUGUACUCAGUCGCAUCUACCCGUGUCUUAGCAGCUGGUUAGAAAAGGAGGAUAGAGCCUGAUUUUGGAGCAGUUCGAGCACCCAACUGUGGUUUUAGCGCCAACGGGAUAGAGUGGCCCCAGCUAAUAGUAUUAGAAUCGGAAGCUGAAGUAUGCGCAUGAUCCAUGACUCGGGCAUAUCUAGUUUAACCUGUACAAAGGAAAUAGGGAAUGGCUUGUUCAGCGAAUGCAUUGCUGUGAAACCUUGCAGUUCUAUGAGUAUUUAAGUCUUUGCAGAA